CCGUCCAAAGGGGCGGGAACGGCCGCCCUGUCGCUGCUAUCGUGCGUGAGGGCGGCUGUCGGCACUGACGGCUCUGGGCGCCAUCUUGCGCCAGGGCAGCUCUCCACGGCCGCCAUGUCGGGUGAGGGCAGGGGUUUCCGGAGAGCAGCCCCUUCCGCCAGUCCUGCUACCGCCGCCGCGGUGCCCACCGCUUGGGACCACACUUUUAAAACCUCGCCUUUUCUCCUGGGUCCGCGUCUGGGUUUGUUAUGAGCUUCCCGCGCGGGGAGAGUCAGCGAGGCCCACAGGGCCGCCUACAGAACGGUCUCCGCGGAAGCGCGACCACCGCUGAAUGCGAGGCAGCACGGCCUGAGGCGGCCAGUGGGCAGCUCCUGCCAGGGACAAGCAUGCCGGCAGCGCCGCGCGCAUGGCCUCGUCCCACCCGCCUGCCGCUUUUAUGCCAGGAGUGAACAUGGCGGCUUAGGGCCGCCGCCGCCAGCCGCCUUCUUCCACUUGCGGAGCGCUGCCCGGCGCUGGCGUACGCUGCUUGGUGAAUCGCGCCGCGGGCGGAGCGGGCGGCGCUGCCGUGCGCCUGCGCGCUGCGGGCUCGGCUCGGCUCGGCGGGGGCUGCUGGCGGGGACCCGUUGGAGCGGCAGGAAGCGCCCGGUGCCGCCGCGCCAUGUCGAAGCGGCUGCGGAGCAGCGAGGUCUGCGCCGACUGCAGCGCCCAGGAUCCUUGCUGGGCAUCUAUAAACAGGGGAAUUCUGAUCUGUGAUGAGUGCUGUAGUGUUCAUCGAAGUUUGGGGCGUCAUAUCUCUCAAGUGAGACAUCUCAAGCAUACACCAUGGCCACCAACGUUGCUGCAGAUGGUUGAAACACUGUAUAAUAAUGGUGCUAACUCCAUAUGGGAACAUUCUUUGCUGGACCCUGCAUCUGUCAUGAGUGGAAGGCGCAAAGCUAAUCCACAGGAUAAAGUACAUCCCAACAAAGCAGAAUUCAUUAGAGCUAAAUAUCAAAUGCUGGCAUUUGUUCAUCGCUUGCCAUGUCGUGAUGAUGACAGUGUUACUGCCAAAGAUCUUAGUAAGCAACUGCAUUCCAGUGUAAGGACAGGGAAUCUGGAGACAUGUUUGAGAUUACUGUCCUUAGGAGCUCAAGCCAACUUCUUUCAUCCUGAGAAAGGAAACACCCCUCUUCAUGUUGCCGCUAAGGCAGGACAGAUUUUACAAGCAGAGUUAUUAGCAGUUUAUGGUGCUGAUCCCGGUACGCAAGAUUCCAAUGGAAAAACUCCAGUUGACUAUGCAAGACAAGGUGGGCAUCAUGAGCUGGCAGAGCGCCUGGUGGAAAUUCAGUAUGAGCUCACCGACAGGUUAGCUUUCUAUCUCUGUGGCAGGAAACCAGAGCAUAAAAAUGGACAGCACUUUAUUAUACCUCAGAUGGCAGACAGCAGUCUAGAUUUAUCAGAACUUGCAAAAGCAGCUAAGAAAAAGCUUCAGUCUCUAAGCAACCACUUAUUUGAAGAACUUGCCAUGGAUGUGUAUGAUGAAGUUGACAGGAGGGAAACAGAUGCAGUUUGGCUUGCUACUCAGAAUCAUAGUACACUUGUGACAGAGACAACAGUGGUCCCUUUUCUUCCUGUAAAUCCUGAAUAUUCCUCAACCAGGAAUCAGGGGAGACAGAAACUGGCUCGAUUUAAUGCCCAUGAAUUUGCUACGCUAGUUAUAGAUAUUUUAAGUGAUGCCAAACGAAGACAACAGGGGAAUCCACUCACUGGUUCAAAAGAAAAUGUGGAACUGAUACUGAAAUCAAUUAGCAAUCAACAUAGCAGUGAAAGCCAGGAUAAUGAUCAGCCUGAUUAUGACAGUGUUGCUUCGGAUGAAGACACAGAUCUAGAAACAAAUGCAGCUAAAUCAAACAGACAGAAGAGCCUAGAUUCAGACUUGUCAGAUGGACCAGUGACAGCCCAAGAAUAUAUGCAAGUUAAAAAUGCUUUGGUGGCUUCUGAGGUAAAGAUUCAGCAGUUAAUGAAAGUGAACAUCAACUUGAGUGAUGAGCUGAGAAUCAUGCAGAAAAAGCUUCAAACGCUACAGAGUGAAAAUACCAACCUCAGAAGACAGGCCACAACCAAUAUAUAUCAGGUCCAAACUGGUUCUGAAUACACAGACCCUACCAACAAUUCUUCUUUAAAGCGACGACCAUCUGCACGGGGUAGCAGACCCAUGUCUAUGUAUGAGACUGGAUCAGGUCAGAAACCCUACCUCCCCAUGGGAGAGGUCACAUACCCAGAAGAAAGCAUAACGAGACUACAGCCUUUCCCUCCACAUAUCGGGAGGAGUGCGUUUGUGACCUCCUCUUCAUCUCUACCUUCCUUCCCCUCCACGCUUUCCUGGUCAAGGGAUGAAAGCACACGAAGGGCAUCGAAGUUAGAAAAACAGAAUAGCAUGCCUGAAAGUGACUAUGAUAAUCCCACCACCAGUUUGGAGCUGGAUGAGACAGGGUCAGGUAGAAAAGGAAGGCAAAGGAGUGUCAUUUGGCAGGGGGAAGGGUCUAUCCCUGAAGAUACUGAUACAGCCCCCAGUUCCAGUUUGCCUAGUACAGAAGAUGUGAUUCGGAAGACUGAACAGAUCACUAAAAAUAUUCAGGAGCUGUUGCGCGCAGCACAAGAGAACAAGCAUGACAGCUAUAUACCAUGCUCGGAGAGAAUACAUGUGGCAGUAACAGAAAUGGCAGCCUUGUUUCCGAAAAAACCCAAAUCUGAACUGGUAAGGACUUCAUUGCGUCUGCUGACAUCUAGUGCCUACAGACUGCAAUCUGAAUGCAAAAAAACCCUUCCUGUGGAGACCUGCCCUACGACAGACAUCCAGCUGGUCACUCAGCAAGUUAUCCAGUGUGCGUAUGACAUUGCCAAGGCUGCUAAACAACUGGUUACCAUCACAACCAAAGAGAACAACAACUGAGUCACCCUUGAUUUUUUUAGUCUUGUUUUUUUUAAAGGUUGAAUUUCAAAUAUAGGUGUGGAACUAUUCAGAUUUUUACAAGAAAACUAAAGGGGCAAAAAACUUUUCUUUUUUAAUUCAGUAUUAUUUUUGCAUGUUUUCUAACAAUUUUAAUGAUUAAUUUAACCCACUGCCUUAUUUUGUGCCUGUGUUGCCAGUUUAGUUACAGAUAAUAGCAUGUUGCAAAUAGCUGUUGAGCCAAUAUCACAUACCAACGUUGUAUCAAGCUCUUAUAAGAGAUUUCCUUAGGGCCAUAUUCUGCUUUCAGAUAUUGCUUGCACAAUUCCCAUUGAAGUCAACUGCACAUAUCAGAGGGCAGAAUCUCGCCUUUGCUCGGUACAUCCUGGAGCCUCACUCGCAGUGAAACGAGGCUCUGAAGGCUCCAGGAACAUAGCUGCUAAACAGCAGAAAGAAGUUUUGUAGUCCUUCUCAUAACGGAAUACAAGCUGAGUGUUAUCUGUCCCCAUAUCAACUGUUGUGCAAUAAUACAUUUUUAGUCUGCUGAAACAAUAGUAGUUGUGGGCAUCCAAGCUUAUUAAAUGUAACUAUACAAGGUCUUUUGUCACUUUAUCUGUUUUGGAAGGAAUUUAAAAUUUAAUAGUUAUUUCUUUUAGUUGUCACUAUGCCAUUAAUAUAUAUGUUUGAUGUUACUUUAGGGCAUUAGUGGUUAAAAUACUAUCCUUUGUUUCUGAUUUAGUAACUCAUUCUGAAGUUUCCUACAGAAUUUUAUUACCAUUUAGUGUCAUCUUCAAGGCAAAAUUUUGUUUGUAGCAGCAUUAUUCAAUAUCUAUUGAGAAGCAAUUUUACUGAAGAUCUCUGUGAUAAUUAUGGGGGGAAAAAAAAAAAGGAAAUUAGAAGAGUGCCAGUUCAAAGGAAGCUAUGUCUGCCAUAGUAUAUUGCCUUUGUACCUCAGUGUAUCCAAGUGUGGAAAGAUUUUAUAUCCAGGAACUUUCAUGCAAAGUUCUCAAAAUUUGACAAGCUACAUGUGGAAUAACUCAAGAUCAGUCACCUAUCAGAAAUGUAGAUAGAUAACAAAUGUCAGUGUAUGUUUCAUUUUUUUCAAUUCCUAAGUUUAUAAAAAUUUCCAAAAAUUGUGUAAGUCCAUACUUUCAAAAAUGAUAGUUCCUUAGGAGUCUAAAUUCCAUGAAGAAUCAGUGAUAUUUUGCCUCCUAAUGUGUCCCAUGUGAAAGUGUGCUGUCAUUUUCAAAUAGCCUGUCAUGUCAGUUUAACUGGUAGCUACUUAAAGCAGUGCUUUAGCUGAAAAUCAAACUUACGAAACAGAGAUAAUGACAUGUCAGUAGUUAAUAUGGGAAAGUGUUUUACCUUACCAGCUUGACCCCAGAGCUGUUUCAGUGAUCUGAAAACAACAUCGGAAGGAUCAUGACGGACACAUCAGUGCUGCUGUCUGUAGUGGGGCUGCACAACAGUGAGGAUGGAAAUUGAUCUUACAAUAAUUUUUCAUCUGGUUGAGUGUUUUGACAACUUUGCUUGCUUUGUUGCUCCACAAGUGUUGUGGAGUUCAGAGGAAAAAGAUCUUGAUUUGCUAACUGAAAUGAGAGAACAGAUGAGUUGUAGUCAGCUGCUUUUUCAAAGCAAAACCCCAGUUGAUGAGUAUUUUGAUAUUUUUGAUGCUACAAGAUUUCAUAAAUCCCGCAUGUCAUGCCUAUUAACAUAUAAACAUGGCAAAGCUUGUGAAAUGUGAGUUUUCCACCAAACAGAAGACCUUUCCUUGUUAUAAGUAAUCUUAUGACUCUUUCCUCUAGUUCCAAAAAUUAUAGGACCACAAACUAUACAUAUAUUGCUAUAUUCUCUGCCCUCUCUCUGUUAGCCAGCAGUAUCUAUGUAAGUGUUGUCAUAUUGUCCGUCUAUAUGUGAAUAUUCAGCCAGUCUUCACUGAAACACUUGAUUCAGAAAUGGCUAUCUGUUUUUCCAUAGACAGGUCUGGCAUAUUCUAGCAUUAUUCUUUAAGGCUUUCUGGUGAAAAUCUGCCAUGUUUAGGUUAACAAACAAGAACUAAACUUCAGUGGUUCUUUCCUUUUAAAAUCAUACUUGCGUUUGUGUGUACAUACAAACAUUGCCCAAGUGCCACAGUAUUGUUGGAUUCUUAAAUGUUGUAAAUAGCUGCCUUUUUAAAGUAUUUUAAGUUUGAGGGAAGAGGGAUGGAGAGAGAUUAGAUGAAAAUCUAGUAAAUUAAUCCUCCUCAUGAUCUCUCUUUUCUUCCUGCACUUCUGAAUCCUAGAACUGUUUCUAGAUUUGCAGGAAUGCAAACAGGCUGGGAUUAGAACUGUAGAAAAUAAAUAUUUAAAACCUGUUUCAGAAUUAUCAGUACAUAAUCUCCUUUUAAGAUUUUUUUUCUUUUAAAUUGGCAUCAUUGAAAGAUUUUUGUGGAUGGUAUUUUUGAAUCUCUCAGGACAUCAUUAUAUGCUUUUCUUUAACAUAUCCUUACCUGAUUUCUAGUUAUCAGUUGUUUAAACUUGCCUGUGCCAAAACAAAAGCUAACUUUAACUGCAAGCUCUUGUUCUCACUACACUAGCUACAGAUUUUCUAAAAUAAUUUAUGGCCAAACUGCAGUCAAUUUCCCAUUCUGUCACAUAAACAACAUUGCUGGUAAACUCCACCUUCUCCGGACAAAUGCCUGUUCUAGAUUGGUCAUCAUCACCGUUUGUCAUUGCUCCAGAGCCAGUUUGAUGUGGGAUAUGAAAUUUUCUUAGCUAUCACUAGAACAGAAGCAUGGUCUGAGCAAAUGCUCAUGUGCUUUAUCAGGUCUUUUCACAACCAGGCAGAGUGUAUCAAAAAUAAUUGUGGAACUAAGUAGUACAUUAGCCCUCAAGUUAUGUAGCACUGCAGGUCAGAGGAUACUGCAAUACCUGAAACAACAAAGGUGAUUUUUAUUUUAUGAUUUGAUCUUUCUUCCCCCUCCCUCCCCCCCCCGACAAAAUGCUGCAUAGGAAAGUGAAAAUGCCUUUUCACAAACUUGUAUUUAUCAGUGUCAUUCUGGCUGUACCUUCUGACAAUCUUUUGUUUACUGUAUUACUAUAAAAUGCUAAAAUCA